AUGACCUCACUUCUCCGUCGAGUCCGAAGCAUCACCGCCGGGCGACACCGCUUUCAACCCUGCCCAAUCUGCGGCUGGAACGGUGAUAUCGACUACAUACUGCAGAAGCCGCCGGACCUACCAGGCCAUGUGGGCAACCCAAGCGGCGCUGAGGUGGGCUGGUCGCCUCCAGGAGUUACAGGCUGCGUGUCGUGUGAGGUCCGUUCCAAGCUGGCCACAUUUGCCGUUCGCGGUGACCUGCUAGGUCUUGUCAAGGUGCUGAACCCGCUCCCUGGAAAAUUCGAGGUGCAUGUGCCCGGGGAAGAUAUCCUCGAGUUUUCGUUGUUCGCGCCGGGCCACAACGAGAACGAGCUGAGGAGACCGCUAUUGGAGGGGGACACAAGCUCCAACGCGACGCUGGCGUUUGUCAGGAGCCAGCUCGAGACGUGCUUGGAAGACCACGAGAGGUGCCACCGCCCUAACCCAUCCUUCAGGCCCAGCAGACUUGUAUACAUCGGCUCUUCCGAGUCCAACUGCGAUAUUGCCCUACGCACAAAAUCUAGAAUACCAGCAGGUGCCAGGUAUGCUGCUUUGAGCUACUGCUGGGGGAACGUUGUCCCAACGUGCCGUACCACGCGGGACAGUCACGAUCAGAAUCUGGUGUCGAUCGGUGUGAGCACAAUACCAAAGACGUUUAUCGACGCAUUUCAGGUCGCCAGGCGACUUGGCUUGGAAUACAUCUGGAUCGAUGCCCUCUGCAUCAUACAGGACAACCCUAUAGACUGGGCGGCGGAGGCAGGGAAUAUGUAUGACAUCUAUCACAACGCCCAUGUGGUUAUCGCUUCGCUGCAUGGCAAGGAUGCGAACACCGGCCUCUUCUGCAGAACGGAGCCAACCGACAAAUCGCUCCAGUUUCACCUUAUCGAGUUCCGACAUGGUCUGCGCAGGUACGACCUCUUUGCCCGCAGGCUUACUCGCUCCCUCGACCACGACAUCCACCAGGAUGCAGACCGCACCGCGCCAAUUUCCGGUCCGGAACCACUGCUUGGUCGCGCUUGGGGGCUUGCAGAAAGAUUAGUGUCAGCCAGGACGAUAUACUUUGGCAAGCAUGAAGUCAUAUGGGAAUGUUGCUCAAGCGCCGCCUGUCAGUGUCAAGGCACCGUGAAUGGUCUCUGGGCUAGGAGGACACAGAAACAGCUUUUUCACUCCGACAUUGACAGGAACUCGCCAUCUGCUCGUUUCAUCUGGCAUCGGGUCGUCUCGCAGUAUAUGGCUCGCGACAUCGGCCGGCACAUGGACAGACUGAUUGGACUGGGCGCAGUGGCGCAAUGCGUCGCAAAGUCGAAGCCAGGGCAGUCGUAUUGGGCUGGUUUGUGGUCAGACUCCUUCAUCGAAGACCUCAUGUGGCGGCAUAUAAGCCAAAAAAAGAUCCGCGACGUGGGCGAUCACCCCGAACCGCUCAGGACGCUCAGGGGCUGGCCUAAAAGGGCGGCCCCCGACUGGUCCUGGGCAUCGAUCCAAGGGCACGUCGAGUGGGCGGAUUUAUGGACCGAGACAGCCAAGCAUAUCCUCGCGGACGUCGUUCAGGUGCAAGUGGAUAACAUCCCGGCCAAUAACCCGUUCGGCAUGGUUGGCACAGGGUCCUUGAAGCUCAGGGCACAUUUGCUGCCCUGCACCGUCGGACCCAUGGUAAGGAUGCGAGAGACGCGAGUGGCAGUGCAUGUUGGAGUGGGUGGCAGGAGCAUCGACGGCGAGGUGUGUAUAGACCCGAGACCAAGGGAGUGGGACCGUGUCGUAGAACAUGGCCAUGGAGACGCGGUGAUGUUUCACCGAGUAUUCCUUGUGCCCCUCGGGACGCUGGUGCCGCCAGAAGAACAAGGUCGAAGACUUCUCACCGCACUCCUUGUGCGCCGGGAGGAAGAGAAAGGUCCAGACUCGGGUGUGUACAAAAGGAUUGGCUUCAUUCAAAAGCGACUUUUGCGAAAAUACACAAACGAAACAAUGGAAAAGAACUCAGCGAACAGCAUCAAAUAUCUGCCUACCGUUGAGGCCUAUAACCAAUGGGCCAAAAUAUACGACACAGAUGGAAACUUUUUGCAAGCAAUCGACGACAUUGAAAUGAAGAGAUUGUUACCUGCGUUCGUCUCGUCAAUAAACAAGCCAAAGCCUUGGAGACUCGUUGACCUGGGAUGCGGCACUGGCCGCAACACAGCCCUCUUGCUUGCCCUCGAUGACGUUCAGGUUGUAGCACUUGACGCCAGCCCGGGCAUGCUUGAAAUUGCCAAAGUCCGUCUCGAGAAGCUCCACGGGAGUGACGCUGCAGAGUCAAAGCUGCUGGAAACCCUCACCAUCAAGGAGUUCGACCUCAUCAACUCGCCUACGAUCCCAGGAGAGGCCGAAAAUGCAGACGGAAUCAUCAGCACACUGGUGGUCGAGCAUAUACCAUUGCCGGUAUUCUUCCGCCACGUCUCACAGAUGCUCAAACCGGGCGGGGUGCUGCUCCUCACUAACAUGCAUUCCGACAUGGGCGCCAUGAGCCAAGCGGGAUUCGUGGACGAAACGACUGGAGAAAAAGUCAGAGCAACGAGCUAUGCACACACGAUGGAGAGCGUCAUGGAGGAGGCGGCUAAAUGGGGCCUCGAACCGAUCGGAGGACCUCAUUGCUUGCAGGAGCGAAUGGUCACACAGGAAAUGGUCAACGAGUUGGGCCCGCGCACUCCCCAUCUACGAAAGAUCCUCAAGGAUCAGGCUAAAGCAGCCAAGGCACAGGCAAAAGGGAAGAAGAAAAGGAGCAGCGCCGAUAACCAGACGGUGCCAGGCUGGGAGCUUACGGUUGGCAUCGAGAUACACGCACAGCUCAACACGGAUCGCAAGCUCUUUUCGCCAGCGCCCCUCGCCUCCACCGAGGACAACACUCGCGCUCCGGCACCUAACUCGCUUGUCGCCCCGUUCGACCUCGCCAUCCCGGGAACGCAACCGCUUUUUCAAAAGGCCACGCUGGUCCCGGCGAUCCGCGCCGCCGUCGCGCUCAACUGCGCCGUUCAGCCCGUCAGCCGCUUCGACAGGAAACACUACUUCCACUGGGACCAGCCCUCGGGCUACCAGAUAACGCAGUACUACGCCCCACUGGCCAGGGACGGGUACGUGGAGCUUCGGGCGCGGGACGGGAUUGCGGCGCAGGAUGUACCGGGAAGAGGGGACGGGGAGCCGCUGCGAAUACGAGUCAAGCAGGUACAGAUGGAGCAGGACACGGCCAAGACACUGGCGCGGCCCGACGGCGUCCACUGGCUUGAUUUCAACCGCUGCGGUGCGCCGCUGGUCGAGAUCAUCUCCGAGCCGGACAUCCACCACCCCGCGACGGCCGCUGCGUUUGUGCGUAAGGUGCAGAUGCUGCUGGGCGCGGCGGAUGCCUGCGUCGUGGGCAUGGAGAAGGGCGGCCUGCGCGCCGACGUGAACGUCUCGGUCCGUCGGGUAGAUGGAGACAUGUCCUCUGCCAAGCUGGGCCAGAGGACCGAGAUCAAAAAUUUGUUUAGUUUCAAGGCAGUUGAGGAUGCCAUCAUAGCUGAGAGGGAUAGGCAGAUCAAGCUCCUGGAUGAGGGUGGGGUUGUUCAGGGCGAGACGAGAGGUUGGUCUCUCGGAAGCACCGAGACUCGGAGGUUACGUGGCAAAGAGGGCGAGGUCGACUACCGAUACAUGCCUGACCCGGAUCUGGGACCGGUCCUGGUCGGUCAAGAUGUUGUAGAACAUCUGAAGAGCACAAUGGGAGUCAUGCCGGACCAAGAGCUUGAUGAUCUCGUUAGCCACUAUGGGCUGUCGGAGAAGGAUGCAAUGUCACUGAUGCUCUUGGAAGAUGGCGGCCGGUUGCAGUUCUACUACAAGACCGUUGACGCCUUGGAGCAGAAGCUUCAGGACCAUGGCGAUACAGCCAAGGUCACAGCAGACAGCCUUCUUCAGGCUAGGAUCCUCACGGCCAACUGGAUCCUGCACGUACUCGGCAGUCUGACCUCGGAGAACAACCUCCGCGACCGGGCCGCCGCAGGUCUUGCGGAAAGAGAUCUAGGGGUUACAUCCGAGGGCGACGCGUUCAUCUCGGCCGACGACCUGGCCGACAUACUUUUCUUCCUGCACACGAGCCGCAUCCGGCAGGGCACGGCCAAGGAUCUGCUAUUCGCCAUUUUCAACGAGGUCAUGCCCGCAGAAUACGUAGGGGUCCCGGGAGGGAUCGAGCGUUACAUCACGGACAACGACCUCUGGUUCGCGGAGCUGUCGCCAAAGGAAUACAGCGAGCUGGCCGAGUCUGUGCUGGAGGAGGAGGAGCAUGUUCUCAAGGAGUUCAUGGGCGCGAAAUACCCGCAGGGGAAGCUCAUGUUUCUGGUGGGCAUGAUGAUGAAAUCUGGUGCCAGGGAGCGGAUUGAUCCCGCCACGGCGCAGAAGGUCAUGCGGGAUGUGGUGGGGAGGAGGGUAGCGGCGCUGAGAUAA